CGUUUCGUAUGGAAGUUUUCGCACGUGCCACUAAAGCCAAUAAAUAAGAAGAAUAUAUAUUUUGCGUAUACACAAUUCUAUCAAUUAUAUUAAAUCGAAAUUAAUUUCUUUUGAAUUAAUUUUUUGUGACAGAAGGAAAAUAAUUUGAUUAACAAUGGCGACAUCAUUAGCGGCACAACUUAAAAAAUUGAGAACUCCGCAGACGAACUUACUGCUGCAGGAUAAAAAGCGUCCUAGCUUGCUAUUUGACCCAAAGGAGGCUGCGAAUUUGGACAGGGACACCGUGCUGAGUAUAGGUCUGAGUGGUCUGGAAGAAUUACAGAAGCUUUCAACUGUAUUUAGUGAAUUUCAAACCACGUUAUUCGCUCAAAGCUCCGUAAACUUUGAAAGAGCUGUCCAGGAUGCUACAGUAAAUAAGAAACUGGAUGCGGAGAUCGCGAAAUUUUUGUUAUUUGCGACUCCGUACUUUUUACUGAAUGCCUGCCACAAAGCUCUGGAAUGGCUCGUAUUCAGAUAUUACAUUCAUCAAUACAAUCGAGAACAGUUUAUUCUUAUGAUCUUGCCAUAUCAUGAGACUCGCAUGUUUGUUAGAGCCCUGCAACUGGUAGACUUGUCAGACGAGAGCGAUAAGUGGCACUGGUUGACAUCUGUGCAAAAACGCGGUUUGAUACUGCCUUCUGGAAUUCUUAUUAAACAUUUGAUCUCGGAUAAAGGACUUCUGAAGACGCUAUGUACUCAUGUGAUAUUUGCCACAAAGACUUAUUCUGAUCAGGCAUCUUGCCUGACCACCUUGUAUGCCUUUUACACUACUGCAGUGUUGGGUGUGAUUGAACUAGGAUCCAUCACCGAGGUUCACGUGAACUAUCUAUUGCCGACUCUUCUUCAUGGUUUGAAAAGUCCCAUUCUCGAUUUUGUUGCCAGCAGCUAUAUGAUUAUUGCGAAACUGAUAACAAAGGUGAAAUUAAACGACGACACUAUGGAGAAGUUAUUGCUGAUGACGUUCAAGAAGACGCACUUGAAGCAGGAAGCCGUCACCUUUCUGCUCUAUCUUUAUCAAUCUCCGAUUAAUCGAUUGACCGUUGUACCGCCAAAUUUGGUCCUCCAAUUAUCUGAACUACCUUGGUUUAUUGAGACAGUUGCCAAGGUUAAUUCAUCGGAUAUUAACGUGUCACGAUUUAUUGUGCCUUUUCUUCAAGCGGCUUGCCAGCUCAUCGUCGAGAGACCUGAAAACACCAGCAGUGUGCAGAACAUGAUUGGCAACAUGUUGGGACACAUUAGGCUCGAUAACGAUGUGGUGGACGCCAUUUUAUCUGGCAUACUAACAUGUGAAUUCUUCAAGGAUGAAACUUCUAAGAGCGCAAAAGACUUUCUAGCGAGAUUUUAUCAGAAUUUUGAGCGCAGCUAUCCGGAGAAUUUCGAUCGGUAUCUGAAGAAAUUGAUGAAGCAGGGCGAGAGUGAUGAAAAGUCUAAACAGGCGUUACAUUUUCUUACUUCGUGGCCUUUCGGUACCAAGAGCACGCAGGAAUCCGUCGAGAUCCUGGACAAACUAAUGCACAUGAGCGCCGCGCAACGAGUGGUCGCUCUCGAAAUUCUCGCCAAGAAUGACGUAAACGUGCCUGAGAGCUUUCGCGGUAUAAUGACAAGUAGUCUUCAAGCUAGAUUCUAUGACAACGACGUGAACGUUGUGAAGACCCUGUUGUCUUUCCCCAUCAAGAGAUUGACUAGCUUAUUACCCACAGAUACUCUAGUGGAUGAAUUAUUAGUCCUAUUAUCAAUGUGUCACACGGCAUCAAGGAAAGUUUUAGCUAAGCCAGCUCUGAAGAUACUCUUGGAGCUUUGCGAAGAAAGUGACGAUACCAGCGUCUUCAUCACGGCUUUGCCAUACUUAUUCCCGGCCACGGACGACGAUGUAGAAGUUGCUAUGGAAGUUCUUCGCUCAAACUUCGCUAAAAAUAACAUGUAUAUGCAGCGCGUGAUAGAGGAUAUCAGCAAAUCCAAAUUGAAUGCCGAAGCAGUGUCUUCUGCCGCUUUUCACAACAUCUUAAACUAUGAGCUGCUACCACCCACGGAGAGUAUACUGAAUUCUAUGCGGCAACAAAUCUCGCACAGUGACGCGGCGUCUCUGUUCUUCAACAUGAUCCUACUAGGCUCGGUCUGUAGGGUACCCGUGGGCUCGAUGCCGGUAAAAACUGCACGGGAUGUCAUCGAGAUGGCCACGGAGAUGAUCAAGACGUAUCCACGCGUCAAGCUACUGCGCGACUGCAACAACAUCACUGGCCACAAUAUUCAAAUGGCUUUGAAGCUUACAUCUGAAGGAAUCUUGCCGCUUCAAGUGGGUACUUACGUCCUUGAAAUGGUACAUAGGCGGCUGAACAUUAAGUUUGAGUCAAAACUCGACUUCGACAAUAACGCGGAGCGAAGCAAUCUGAUCUUGCGACUCCUCGAGAUGUUUAUUGAGGGCAUGGACAACCGACACUGGCGGAAGCACUACUCUAGAUGUCUACAAAUCUUCUUCCAGCUGCAUUUUGCCACAGUGAAGGAUCUCGUCUGCUUUCUCGCGCAGUUCUACAUAAAACCCGUUAAGACGCAAACGUCCUAUCACUGUUUACAGAUUUCUUUACUGCUGCUAAAUCAGUGUAAAUCUGUCCAAUGGGCAUUCCAAGAUCAGGACUUCGUAACCAACUUGCUGCUUUCGUUGACGAGACGGAACAACGAGUGCAGAAGAGUGGCGGUGGACAUUCUAAAGAAAUUAACGCAGACCUUUAGUCUCACCGCAGAACCGUUCUUCGUGUUACUACAAAAACUGGCGACAGAGAAUGGGGAAAUCUGCAAUGAUCCUGAUCAUCUUGCAUUGAGCUUUUAUUUUUUGCUUUCUCCAGAUCCACAUGUGUCUCAUCAAAUCAAGGAACACAAAAAGUUGCAACAAGCUCAGAAAUUAAUAUUUAACGUAGUGACGCAGCAGAAUGAAGCGCCAAAGAUUCCUCUGGAUCGAAGAUCACAGCUUCUCGAUAUUUUGGUGAACGUCAACAGCACCGAAAUCCUACGGCAACUGGCUCCAAUGGGUCUUCAGCUUUUACCAAAGUUGACGGAAGAUCCAAAAAACCGGUCAGCUGGUAACGCUUUACGAAAUAUACUGGAACGUUUUACCAUAAACACAGUUGACGCCCUGAAGGAUGAACAAGUGUGGUCGCUCUUCAAGACGUGCAUCCUGAUACACGAACCCUGCGCGGUAUUGGAUUCCGGCGAUCAAACGUCGCCGAGCAUUAUCGUACUGAAAAGGAUCAGUGCAAUCUUUGAUAUGCUAUCUCACGAUCUCCAGGUGAGCAUCCUGUCUAAAGUGCUGGACGUGAUGAUUGAUUGCGAGAUGGUCGACGUGGUCUCCGUCGCGGGCAAGACAAUCCGUGGUAUGUGCAUGGAUGCAACAAUCCUGAUCUCAGAACUGGAGGCCAUGAAGCUGAGCGGCCAAGUUCAGGAGGAGUCGGCAGACUCGGAGAUGACAGCGAGCGCGAGAAAACGGAAAAAGAGGCAGAGUCAAAUCCAACUGGCGCAUCCGGCGAUGGUUCACAGCCGAGCGUGGAAACGCGGCGUCGUCCUAUUGGAGUUCGCGGAGCGCGCCGAUACCAUCAAACGCGAGGAACUACUUUAUAGUAUACUAUUCGACUUGUUGAACGUUUGUCUGAGUCUAGAGGAACAGGGUCCAGUUGAGUACACGAAUCAGUUGCUUCUCUCGACGAUCUUUCGGAUGAUGAAGAAGAAAUUGCCAGUUCGCGAUGCUGGUUUGCAAAUUACACUUAUCGUCAAGUGCAUCAGGACGUCGCGCAAUCCGCAGACGCAUUAUCAUGCGUUGCAGGUGCUGGUCGAAUUCCUGAAGAAUCUGGACGUGCAACGCGCUCUCUUUAAUCUCAUGCCGAUUUUCACGUUUAUGGGCAGCACGAUGGUACGCCAAGACGACGCUUACUCCAUUCAGAUUAUCUCCAAGACUCUGGAGACAGUGGUACCGAUUAUAAACGCGGCCGACGACGCGACACAAGCCUGCGAGCUGCUGAGGACCUUUAUUGUCUCGUUGCCUCAUAUUCCCGAGCACAGACGGAUGCCGCUCUUCGUCAAGUUGCUGCAGCUUCUUGACAAUCACCUGCACUUGUAUUAUCUGCUGACUUUUGAGAGCCACGUGAUGAAGAUCGCGAGCCAGAAGACCGAUCAUUCUACGCAGUGGUUGGAUUUCGCUUUACAGGUGUCUCAAGAAUUCCCACCACAUCGGUUGCUCGAGAUUUGUACGAAGGUGAUUAAGUUCAUCAAGAUCUUGCCGAUCGAUAUCGAAGAAGAGCAGGGCAGAAAGGAGGCGAUGAAAUUCCAGUACAAGUACAUUUACAAUGUGACCAAGUCCACGCCGAAAAGCUUUCGGCACUACAAGAUAACGGCUGUGCAAUUUCUCAGCAACCUUCUGUUGUCGGAGGAUUUCAUCAAUCGCGUGGCCGUGCUGAGCCAGGACGAGAUAGACAAUAUGAAUCAGUAUUGCGAUCAUUUGGCGAUUGAGCUGAUUCUGCUAAUUCAGACCACCUCGAAGACCGCCGAUCAGCAUCAGAAUAAAUCCAGUGCCAAGUACUGGAAGGUGUUACUACAUCAUUUGUACGACGUGCUGGAUCUGGUGAACAAUCUGUUGCCGAAUACCCUAUUCCUGCAGAGCAUCAAGAAUCUACUAAAGCAUGAAUUACUACCGGUGAAGAAGAAAGCUCUAGAACUGUUGAACACAAGACUGCUUCAGAAGAAAUUUGGUGAGGAUGUUCACGCAGAUCUUUUGAGUUUGAUUGAACCUUUGGCAGAUUUCUUAGAAGGGAAGAUUGAAAACCAGGAACAAGAGGUCGUACAACAGACAGUGUUAAUAUCUUUGAAACUGCUGGCGAAGUUGCUGGCCACUAGUCACCCUGCUGUCUUUAAACCGAUUUUGGAUACAACGACGGAAUUGUUGCAAUCGAAAAAUGGUCCAGUAUUAGCCAGUGCGGCGUUGUGCGUAGCAGAAUUAUGCAGUUCAAUGCGAACGCAUGCUUUGUACUCCCUAAAUAAAUUCGUGCCGGCAAUUUUGAACUUGCUAAAAACUCAUUGCCAUCAGAAUGUGCCGGAUGUAAUAGUUAUUAGCAUCGUAAGUGCUUUGCAGAAGAUAGUGGAAUCUCUGGGAAAUUUCCUAUCGCUCUACUUAGAUCAACUCCUGUCUGAAUUGACGAUGCUGAACUCGCAGUAUACCAACACGGAGCAUCCUAAGGCCAGUAUAGUUCUUUCACGUCUAAAGGCAACGACGCAGAAAUUAUCCAGUUGUAUACCCCUGCGAGUGUUGCUGCCAGCUGUUAACGAAACUUACGACACGCUAUUAAACAACAAAUCUUACAAAUGUAUACCGUCGUUGAUGAGCGUGCUGGCCGAGUCUUUUGACAGCGUGCAAUCAACGGAACUGAAAGUAGAGGUUGACAACCUCACCAACUUCUUCCUCGAGGUCCUUCGAUGCCGCGAAAGAAUUGAGGAUAAUAUGAAAACGGAUGACGACGCGCAAGUUACCUCAAAAGACAUCGUCGCGGUCGAGGAAAGCGCUAGUAAGGCAUUGGUGUCAUUGCUUUUGAAAUUGAGCGAAGUAACAUUUAGACCGUUGUAUGAUAAGCUUUAUGGAUGGGCAGCGAAUGAAACGCAAUACAAGCAGCGAAAUAUAACGUUCUACAGAAUAUCGGCGAAUAUAGCAGAGUGCUUGAAGUCCCUAUUCGUUUUGUUCGCUGGACUCUUUUUGAAGCAUGCGGCGUCGCUGUUAAGCAGCAACAAUAUAUUCGUAACUGACACUCCGCAAGAAUUGACUCUACCCGACGAAUCAAGCAGAAUCGAGUUGACAGAGGCGAUUCUGCUGACGCUUCACCGGGUAUUCGGUUACGAUGUACAUAACUUCGUCAGUCAGGACCGGUUCGAGGUUCUCAUGCAACCGAUAGUAGAUCAAGUGGAAAAUACAAUGGGCACGAGGGAAGAAUACGAGAGUCGAGCUAACCAGCUCAUCGUACCUUGCAUAGCUUCCUUCGCCAGCGCCAUUUCCGAUGAUUCAUUGCACAAACAACUGGUCUACCAGACGUUGCUGAAGACGAGACACGUAAAGCCUUACGUCAGGAGCACCGCUUUGAACGCAUUGGUGGAAAUCGCGAGGAAACUUGGCGAAGAUUUUAUGCCAUUAUUGCCGGAAACCGUGCCAUUCCUAGCGGAGAUGUUGGAAGAUGAAGACGAAGCUACGGAGAAAUGUGCGCAGAAUGCUGUUCGCACUCUAGAAGAAAUUUUAGGAGAACCUUUGCAGAAAUAUUUUUAAACUUUUUCAAAUAUGCAUUAGUCUGUAAAUAUAUAAAUAUACUCACUAUUUGACGCACGACAAUUCAAAAAAUGAAAUAAUUUUCUCAUACUGUGAUUCCAUGAAAAAAAAAAGAGAAAAAAAAAACAAAUUGUACAUGA